AUGGCAGCGGCAGCGGUGAGGGAAGAACUCCGAGUGCAGGAGAUUCUGCCCCAGUGCUGUGCCACGGCCCAAAGCAGCAGCGACGGGGACUGGCAGCGUAUGAACGAGGAGUUGCAGUGUCUUGAAAGACAGACCCAAGCCUCGUGGCAGCUGCAGGAGGACAUAGGCGAGCUGCAGGACAAAUGUCUGGACCUGCAGAACGGGCAGAACCAUCUCACAGUGGUGAGCUCUGAGGUGCUGCUGCGAUUUGAAAGCCGAGAGCAGGAGAUGCACCAGCUGAAGCUGAAGGUGUCCCAGUUGGUGGCGGGGAUGGCUCAGCUGAAGCAUUUCCAAAGCCAAGGCCAGGAGAUCCAGGAGCUGAGGAAUGAGACGGCCAAGCUGAGGAAUGAGAUGGUCGAGCAGAGCAUGGAGGUGACUGAGCUGAAGGAGGAGAAUCGUCACCAGCUGGCAAAGAUCAGAAGAGAGAUGCAUAACAUCUGUGAGUAUGUGGAUGCCAGUGAAAAGAAACAGUGGCAGGUGCAGGAGAAGCUGCCUCUGGAGAUGGAGCAGCUGACAGUGGAUGUGGUUCAGCUGAAGACGUACGUGCAGGAGAAGAAGCUGGAAAGCCUGGAGCAGCUCAAAGCAGAGAAGGAGGAGGUCUUGACACAUCUCCAACACCGAGACCAGGAGAUGCGGCAGGUGAAGCUGGAGACAGCUCAGCUGAGAAUGGAGGUGACCCAGCUGAAGAAGUUCAUGGAGGAGGAGAUGCUGGGAAAGUUGGAGCAGCUCAGAAUAGAGAACUGUGAUAGGAAACAUCAUUUAGAAACCAACAAGAAGAAGGAAUGUCAGCUGGAGGAGAUGCAGCUGGAGCAGCUGAGGGUGGAGAUGGCCCAGCUGAGGGAAAAUCAUCUCACAACAAAAAAAGAGCUGAAGCAGCUCAGAAGGGAGAACCUUUACACAAACCAGUGCUUAGAAAUGGCCACUGAGAGGAUCCAGAAGCUGGAGAAGCAGCUGGCCAAGCUGAGGAGGCACCCAGAGAAGCAAAGCCUGGCUGAGGAAAUAGAGAACAGCAGAGAGAACCGGAGCCUGGCUGAGCUGGGACUGGACCACUCUCAGAACCGCAGUGUGGAUGAGGAUAGAGAGACCGGCACAGAGAACCACAGCCAGGCUGAGGUUGGACUGAAUGGCUCUGAGAACCAUAGCCUGGCUGUGGGUAGAGAUAACAGCUUUCUGAAUCACAGAGUGGCUGAGCUGGGCCUGGAUGUCCCUCAGAAGCAGACCCUGCCUCACAAUGGAAAGCAGAACACACAGAACCACAGCCUGGCUGGGGUUGGACUGAAUGGGUCUCAGAACCACAGCCUGGCUGGAGUUGGACUGAAUGGGUCUCAGAACCACAGCCUGGCUCAGGGUAGAGAGAAAGGCUUUGUGAAACACAGCGUGGCUGAGCUGUGCCUGGACAUCUCUCAGAAGCAGACCCUGCCUGAGCAUGGAGAGCAUAACACACAGAACCACAGCCAGGCUGAGGAGCUCUUGCAGGUGCAACAAAGCGAGGCAGCUGCAAGGCUGGAAGAGGAGCAGAAGCUGCAGGACAAGGAUGUGUUGGCGAGGGAGCAGCAGGCAGACACACAGAACCACACAUACUGGAAACUCUUCCUGUUCUUCUUCUGCCUGAUGCUCUUCCUGGUCUUCGCUGUGCCUUUCGUGCUGCUCUACAGCUUCUCCUAUGAGCACAGGUUCGUCUACAACCUGCUCUUGUAUGUGAUGUCUGAGACAACCUACGCCAAACUGGUGUACAACCUGGCAAAGAUCAUCAUCUUCCUGUUUGGGGAGGAGUGACCUUGCAGCCAUCCCCACUAGAUCCUUUUCUUUCACAUAGCACGAGACAGUCAAUCAAUGAGGGAUGCAGCCAAAAAGAAUUGUCUCCACCACAUCUGGCAAGAAUUAGGUGGCUGGUCUCUAAAUGGGUGGUUGGGCACGUUGUUGGGAGGAAUCAUUUGUGUAGUUCUAGUUAUUAUAGGAAUCUGCAUAGGUUGUACAGGCUGCCCAGAUGGGCUGUGGAGUCAACCUGGACGAGUUCCUGCGUGACCUGCUCUAGCUCAUCUUGCUCUGGCAGCCUUGGUUUUAAACAAAGCCUCCUUCUUCUUGUGAUCUUCUCUCCUAAAAGAAUAAAAUCAGUACAACCACCACAA